AAAACCAUAACCAGAGGUAGGUAAUAGAUAUAACACAACACAACACAAAACAUCAUCUUCAAAUCCAAAAUGGAACCCACCAACCAAACACCACCACAAGAGAAAGAAAACCCAUUUCCUACUCCGCCAUCUGAACCUCAAUUACCACCGUCAAUAGCAUCUCUCUCCCUCUCUCUCUCAUCAAUCCUCCCUUUAUUCCAACCCAAAAUCCCAUCUUUACUAUCACCACCACAACCCAACAAACUCAAAAUCCCAACCCAAGCUUCAUCACUCACACACCUUUCACUCUCCACGAAAACUCAAUCUCCUCCUUCCAAAAACAAAUCUUCAUUCAAAUCAACCCUCUCCGCUAACCCUCUCAAAUCACCACUUUCAUUAGGCCCCCACCGUCCCGUGGACCCUUCUGCCGCCGCUGCUUUCCGCCGCACUACCAUCGUUUGGUUCCGUAACGACCUACGUGUUCACGACAACGAAUGUCUUAAUACUGCAAACAAUGAAUCAAUCUCUGUUUUACCUGUUUACUGUUUCGACCCUGCUGAUUAUGGUAAAUCAUCUUCUGGGUUUGACAAAACCGGUCCUUUCCGUGCUACUUUCCUCAUCGAAUCGGUUUCGGAUCUUCGGAAGAAUCUUAAGGCUAGAGGGUCGGAUCUUGUUGUGAGAGUUGGGAAACCAGAGACGGUUUUGGUUGAACUUGCGAAGGAAGUUGGGGCAGAGAGUGUGUUUGCUCAUAGAGAGGUUUCACAUGAUGAGGUGAAAAUGGAGGAGAAGAUUGAGAGUAAGAUGAAAGAGGAGAAUGUUGAAGUUAAGUACUUUUGGGGAAGUACUUUGUAUCAUGUUGAUGAUUUACCUUUUAAAUUGGAGGAUAUGCCUUCUAACUAUGGUGGGUUUAGGGAUAGGGUUCAGAAAUUGGAGGUAAGGAAGAGUAUUGAGGCUUUGGAUCAACUUAAGGGUCUUCCUUCUAGGGGUGAUGUUCAGCCUGGUGAUAUUCCUACUUUGAUGGACCUUGGUCUUAACCCAUCUGCCACUAUGUCACAGGAUGGCAAGCCAGGGCCUAAUGCUUCUAUGGCAGGAGGGGAGACUGAAGCACUACAGAAGCUUAAAAGAUUUGCAGCUGAGUGUGAAGCUCAACCACACAAGGGGUCUAAGGAUGGAGCACAAGAUAGUAUAUAUGGUGCCAAUUUUUCAUGCAAAAUUUCUCCAUGGUUGGCAAUGGGAUGCCUCUCCCCUCGCGCAAUGUAUGAUGAGCUGAAAAAAACCGCUAGCAGAGCUGUUUCCGCUUCAUCAAGCCGAAAUGAUGGUGGCAGUGGCUCAUCCAAAACUGGAACUAAUUGGUUGAUGUUUGAAUUGCUAUGGAGGGACUUCUUUAGGUUUAUUACCAAAAAGUACAGUUCUACAAAGAAACAGUUGGAAGCGGCUCCUGCCACGGCUUGUACAGGUGCACUUGCUUAAGCUACAAGUUCUAAUCGACGCAAGAGUUUGUUUUACUUGGCCAAAUUUGGAAAUUCUGUUGUAACUAGCAAUCACAUUAUAUCAAUAUGGAAGGAAGCUUCACAUUAUUUUUUUGGAUGUAUUCUUCUCAAAAUCUUCAUUGGAAUAUUUUCCAAAAUGGAUGGAGUUACUACAGUAGCAUGUAUAAUUUUUUUUAAUAAUAUCUUAUUUGAGUUGUGAAGAA